ACAUCUUGGGAGCUUUGACUUGUGUGAUGUGUGGGUGUGGUCAAGUUUAUUUGCAUUCAGGGGCUCAGCCUAACCCUGCGGCGUAACACCAGAUAUCUAGUUGAACUCUAACUCGGGGUGAUUGAAAAUGGCCGAAUGUAUCAUCAGGGCAGAUUUAUUAUAUGAACAGCUAUACAGAGCUAGUGAUCAAGGCAGUGAAAAUGAAGUGAAAGAGCUUCUGAAGAAAGGAGUUGAUCCAAAUAGUGAUUAUUACAAUCAAGUUCACAGUGCUUGGACUCCUUUGCAUGCAGCUAGCUCAAAAAAUCGUUGCAAUACUGUCGAACUUUUGGCCAAAUGGGGAGCUGAUAUAGAGGCUAGGGAUUGUGAUGGAGACACACCUUUGCACUGUGCUAGUCGUAAUUGCAAGAACUGUGUGGAAAUGCUUUUAAGUUGCCGUAGAUCAGGCAUCACUGUGAAGAAUAAGAAGGGAAAGAACCCUAAGGAAAUUGCAUUUUCACAAGAUAUUGCGGACACCCUUGGAAAAUACCCAGCACCACCUAAAGAUCCUCUGUCCUAUUACCCAACGUUUCAACAGUUACAUCAAUUGCCUGAAUUUUCUCAGACACUUUGCCUUAAAUUAGGCUCUCACUUUAGAUUAGCACGGGAGCAAAGGGGAAGCAUUCGAAGCAAAAAUCGUACUGCUGAAAUUCUGAUAGCUGCCAAAAGUAACAACAAGAACCUUACCUGGAGCGAUAUUGUGGAAGGCUUACUUGUUAACGGAGAGUAUACACUUGCUGAGAGUAUCCUUAGCACGAUAGGAGUGGAAAAAGGUAAAGGUCAAGUGCCACUCAGAUUUGCAGCGGGACUGGGAUGGCUCAGUGCAAUGAAACGACUUAUUCAAGGAUUUGAGAAAAUAGAUUCGAAGGACAGAAGCCCUUAUGAUAUGGCGUACAGAAAUAAGCAGGCAAAGGCUAUCAAGUAUUUGAUGGACAACCAGCUUUUUAAUGAUUGUCUUCAAAUUGCUGUUAAAAGUGGUGAAAAGGAUGAGAUAGAAUUUCUGCUCGCUCAGUGCAAUAGUGAUCCAAAUGUAAAAAAUGAGGAUGGUAGUGUUCUUCUCACUCAAACUCAGGACAGCGAAAUCAUCCUUCUUCUAUUAAAACAUGGAGCCCGAACAGAUGACGCUUUUGCUAAUAUUAUUGGUCGAAAACACGGGUUACGGAGGCUUUUGUCAAUUCCGCCUCCAGACAAUCCUAUCCCUAUAUUCUUUGUGGGUGAAGGUGGUGCAGGUAAAAGCACUGUACUGAAAUCAUUACAAAGCCAGGAGAAAAGAGGGAAACCAAAAACAGUGACAGAUGUUGAUGAAAAAACGGUUGGAAUCAUUCCUUACACAUUACAGCUCUCAGGUAGGGAAUUUAAAUGCUACGAUUUAGCUGGUCAAAAAGAGUUCCAUGCCAGUCACUGUCCUGUUCUUAAGAAUGCAAUUCAAAGCUCACCACCUAUAGUAGUUUGCUGCACUGACCUACGAGAAAAUGACGAAAGUAUUUCUAAAUCUAUCAAAUACUGGAUGAGCCUAGUUCAAAAUCAGUGUUCUGAUUUAGAAGGAAAACCUCAUGUAAUUGUGAUUGGAAGCCAUUUGGACGAGCUAAAAGCAAAAUCUGAUGCCUUGGAGAAAAAGAAGAUAUUUCGUCCUAUAUUCGAACAAUUCAAAAAAUUUAAAUUUGUCGAUUUUAUUGCGAUGGACUGUCGUCUUACAAAUACAGAAGAAAUAAAACAAUUAACAACCUUUGUAAGUAUGGGUGGAGAUCAGUUUCGCUCUUCUGAUGAGACCGUUCAGAUCAGCGCUAGUGCUCAAAGUUUUUACAUAUAUCUUCUCGACCGAUUCAAGGAUACAGUAACUGUACAAGUGAAGGAUAUUCACCAGCAAAUUGACUGUGAAACGCGUCAGACACAAAACAAACAAUUGCAAGAAGUGUACUCUGUCAUCCCAAGUACUAUUCCACGCCUUGUAGAAGUCUGUGACCAGCUUAAUAAAAGAGGACUUAUGCUGUUUAUUAAAAACGAAUCCAAGCUUGAAAAUUCGCUCGUUAUUUGCAAAUCCGAAAAACUUCUUUCUAACAUAACUGGCAAAGUGUUUGCUCCUGAAAAUUUUCAUCAGCAUUGCAAUCUUGCUACAAGCACAGGAGUAGUACCAUUUUUUAAGUUUGCAAGGGAAUUUAACGUUGACAUUGAUAAUCUUAUAGCUUAUAUGACACUUCACCAGUAUUGUUUUGAAAUCAAAGACAAACAAGUGUUAGAACACAUAGCUGUCACAUGCAAAGAAGUAGAACGGGAUCCAGACAAUCGGUACUUCUUCUUUCCUGGCUUGAUAAAACUAGAAACCCCAAAGCAAGUUUGGGAGGAAGAUCCUACAAUGAAAUAUCAUUUUGGGUGGGUUAUUCAAGCAUCGCAAGAUAUUGAAUUCUUUGAUCCCCAUUGUCUGCAGGUUCUCGUUUUAAGACUAGUGUUUACUUUUGGCCUUGCCCCCGCUGCAACAGUGCAAAAACACAUUCCUUCCCUGCAACGAUUUUGCUCAGUGUGGAAAAGUGCAAUUUGCUGGAGCGACAAACAUGGAUUCUAUUACGUCGAGCUUGUGGACAGUGUAAAGUGUUUCGUUCUCAAAAUGCGAUCCCAAAAUCUGAGUCCUGAAUUUUUAGCAGUUAGAUCCAGAAUAAUAAAUAUUAUCCUCAAAACAGCUAAAGAAUGUUGCAGAGGUAUUGAGACUAUUGAAUCUAUAAUCGAUCCUCAGCAAGUAGUUAAUCACGACUAUCCACUUAAUAUUUCAAGUCUAACUCUUUCAAGCAUAUCCGACACUGCCAAAGCAGUUGUUUUCGGUGAUAACAACGUAAAGACGAUGCAUGGGCCGCAGCCUCUACAACAUAUUCUUAUGUUUGAGCCUUACAUUGGCUUGGAUCAAGAUACCCUCCAAUUAAUUCACAGCAAGAACAAUACUUCAAUAAACGAAACAAUUUCAGAUGAUUUUAUUUCUAACUUCGCUAAUAAAGUGGCCAUUUCGGGAAACGAUUGCUCAGUUUUGAGGAGAAUCCUUAAUCCUACUACACACUCAGACAGUGGAGCAUCUCAACUGAAUAGUUCAAGACGAGAACUGGUCAAGGCGCUUGAGACAUGGAGAGACCAUGACCAUACUGAAGGAACUUACAGAUCCUUGAGGGACACCUUGAAUGGAUAUAGUAUAUUUUCAGAUUCAUGCGUUCAUAGAAGCCCACUGGACUUGGCUGGUGUUGACCACCUCGACUGUGACCCUACUGCCUUGAAGUCCAAUCAUCAAUAUCUUAGCUUAUCAGAAGUGGAGGACACUCUCUGGGAGAUGAGAACUAAGUGGUAUCACCUUGGUUUGCAACUGGGUAUUGACAAUGAAACUCUUAAGUCGAUCAAAACGGACAAUCAAAGUGUUACUGAUAAGUGCUACACUUCUGUUCUGGCCCACUGGUUAUCUACACCCAAGCCCACAUGGACUCAAGUUGCAGAUGCUCUUGGAUCAAAGCCAGUAGACCAUCCUAAAUUGGCUAAGCAAAUUAAAGAAAAAUACUGUAGCUCUAUAUAGACUCUAUUGUUAUCCAUGCAAUGAUCUAGCCUAUAAUACCAUUUAUAACAAUAUAAUUAUGUUAUGUUAUCAUG